AUGUCAAUUGCAAGGUUAUGGGGGUCUCUGAGAAGCUAUGCCACCAAGCCUGAGCUCCGGAAACUCAGAAACAUCGGUAUCAUUGCCCACAUUGAUGCAGGUAAAACUACCACUACUGAGCGAAUGCUCUAUUACUCUGGAAAGAUCAGCAGAAUAGGGAAUGUCGACCAAGGUGACACGAUAACAGAUUUUCUGCCGCAGGAGAAGUCAAGAGGAAUCACUAUUCAAAGUGCUGCCGUCUCUUUUAAUUGGCAGAAAGACCAUCAGAUCAACUUGAUCGAUACCCCGGGCCAUGCAGAUUUCACAUUUGAAGUCAUUAGGUCAGUUAAAGUGCUUGAUGGAUGCGUGACAAUUCUGGAUGCAGUAGCAGGCGUCGAAGCGCAGACGGAAAAGGUGUGGAAGCAGUCGCAAAGGUCUCCCAAGAUAUGCUUCAUUAACAAGAUGGACAGAGUUGGGGCUGGCUUCAGCAGGACUGUUAAGGAGCUGAUUGCAAAGAUGAACACAAGAGUAGCACUUAUAAAUAUUCCAUUAUUUGUCCAGGAGCCGCAGGAUCAGGUUCCGAGGUUUGCAGGCGUCAUUGAUCUUGUCAAUAUGAAGGUUAUUGAGUGGGAUCCAGAGGAUUGCGACAAGAUAAAUGUCACAGAUGCAACAACCGCUGGAGCGGAAAUUCAGGAACAGCUUUUGAGAGGUAGAGAGUCGCUGAUUGAAACGCUGGGUGAAUACGACGAAAACCUAAUAGAAUUUUUUCUAGAGGAAGCAAACGGGGAUUAUCUCAAGGUUCCACCGGAGUUGCUCAAUGGAUCGAUCAGAAAGGCAACCCUUGCUAAGUUCGUCACGCCUGUUCUCUGUGGUGCAUCGUUCAGAAACAUCGGCGUCCAGCCGCUUCUUGAUGCGAUAGUGAAUUAUCUGCCGUCGCCAUUGGAAGCUUCGCUUCCCGAGACCAAUCAUCCUACCCUUCCAGUCAAGUUGGAUCCCAAGCUGGGCGCACUAAUGAAUAAUAACAAGAAUCUUUGUGUGUUGCUGGCGUUCAAAGUCAUCACGGAUCCUAUUAGAGGGAUUAUGGUCUUUGUAAGAGUUUACUCAGGGACUUUACAUGCUGGAAAUACCGCUUUCAACUCCAACACCGGGAAAAAGUUCAAGAUUGGUAAGUUGGUUAUCCCACACGCUAAUGUAUAUGAGGAAGUAUCGACACUCUAUCCUGGACAGAUAGGUAUAUUGGUUGGAACGACAGUGGCCGAAAACGUUUCGACGGGUGAUACCAUCGUUACUCACUCGCUUAAAAAGGAUGGACUGAGAUCGCUCGAUAGCAAAAGGGAACUCACGGUAAAGAUUAAUCCGAUCGCCAUACCGCCACCAGUUUUCAGUGUUUGCGUAGAGCCAAGAACACUGGGCAAUAAAAAAUCGAUGGAGGAUGCCUUAGGGACACUGACUCGAGAAGAUCCAAGUCUGCACGUUUCAUUUGACGAGGAAACGGGCCAAACACUUUUAAGUGGGAUGGGUGAGCUGCACCUGGAGAUCGCUAAAUAUAAGUUAGUCAAUGAACUAAAUGCAGAUGUUGAGAUAGGUAAGGUAAUGGUCUCUUACAAAGAAACUAUCGAUGGAAAGACUCCAGAAGAGACGAUAAGUUCUGACGCUGGAUAUCAACUUACUGUAUCCAUUCUUCCUUUGCCCCUUCAUGAAGACACCUUGGACGUAGUUGCUCGUUCGAUUCACGAGACGUGGUACCCAUUGGGAAUUGAUAAUAACUAUCUCAUUAUGGAGAAUCAUAGAAAGUACACAACGGAAGAAUUGUGGCCCUUUCAGAUAUCUUUUCAAGCGGUGAUCAAUGCUUUGAUUUCAAGUUCCAUUGUCGCUUUGCAAAAGGGUGGUAAGAUCGCCAGAUAUCCACUUCAUUCAUGCGCUGUGAAAGUUAAAGGCGACUGGACUCUACCGCCGGACAUCGAAAACCCAGCAGAGGUAUUGAAGCUUUCAAGGAAACUCAUUUUAACAGCUAUUUCAAAUAUCCCACAAGAUCAGUUUUCGGUUUUAGAGCCUGUUAUGGAUCUUGACAUAUCCGUUCCACAAAAAGACAUGGGAUCAGUUAUUCAAGAUCUCACAGGUUCUCGCAAUGCCAAUAUUUUGUCAAUCGACGACGAAAGUGGUAUAGAUAACAACGACCAGAAUAUCGAAUUUCAGAAAAUUGCCCAGGAGCAGUUCCUUCCACCUGACCCGACGGUUAAGCUUGCAAACCUGGGUUCUGAAGGAUCUAGCAUGAAAUUUAUUAAGGCUCAAGUUCCGCUUAGAGACAUGGUGUCAUACACAAAUAGAUUUAGAAGCUUGACACAGGGUAGGGGCUCCUUCCAUAUGAACUAUAGCGGCAUGGAUAAGGUAAAUAAGGAUCGUCUAAGCUCCAUUUUAAACGAAUAG